AUGCAGAAGUUGAUGGAAAUGCUCGGGCUAGCCGCCCCAUGGACCUACUUCACCAUCAAGUACAAGGUGGACGACUACUGGUACGAGCGCCCCAUCAACGAUCGCCACAUCGACGCGAUCAAUAUCGCCCCAUCCGCCUUUGGAACCGACAAGGUCAUCGAGCAACUGCCGAAGAUCUUCAAGGAGGACAUCCCAAUCCUCGCCAAGGAGAUUGGCCAAACCGUCGACCCGUCCGACAUGGCCCUCAAGUUCGAGCGGUUCAGGGCCGAGCUGAGCCAGAUUUUCGCCGACCCCACGCAACAAAACUUCAGUAGCAUGGAACCUCUGAAGAAAUGGGCCCACCAUAUCGACUUCCUCGAGUACUUCAAAUCGCUCGGCAUGAGGGUUGACGAUACCACGACGCUGGAGGCGAAUUUCAAGGCUUUGGACAAGUUCUUCGUGAUGAUGGACGACCCGGAGAAGAGCCAGAUUGCGCGCGAGGUGCAGGUGCUCUACACGUUCCACAAGCUGCAGCCGAGGAUCUUUGAUGGGAUCUCACGGUUCGAAGACGUCGACGAGCAUUGCCGCAAUUUUAUCACGAAACAGGCCAUGCCGCUGUGGACCCCCGACUUCUUCCGCCGCCACAUCCUCAACGACCGCGACUUCGCCGACGAGAGGGAACUCAUCGAGAACAUCCGCGUCAGCCUCAAGGAGGUCAUCCAAGAGAACAAGUGGGUCGAGCCGGCCAGCAAGGAGGGACUUUUGAAAAAGGUGGACACCCUGAAAGUAUACCUCGGGGCCCCCUACGAACUCUACACCGAGGAGCAGGUCUACUCGCAUUAUAAGAAGCGCUUCCCUCCGAUGCCCUGGGAGCACUAUACGUUCUUCGAGUGGCAAGCCAUCUACUACCAAGAAACCAAGGGCAGGGAGCUGCGCGCCGACUCGGCCAAGGCCUGCCAACUGGGCGUCAACGCCUACAACGACCAGGGCAAGCGUUUGAGUCUCGAUCUGGGGCUCCUCGGCUUCCAGGAGGAGAGCUACCCGUUCGUCUUCCGGUACGCCACCCUCGGCUUUUUCCUCGCCCACGAGUUCACGCACACCUUUGAUACCAAUUACAUUGACGAGAAGCUGCUCACCGGCAACGACAAGGGGGAAUUCCACGAGAAAGCCCAAUGCCUCGUCGAUCAGUUUGGGAAUACGGUGGCUGAGGCUGAUGGAGCGACCCUCAAGCUCAACGGCAGCGUCGUGAUCAACGAGGUUAUGUCCGACAACCUCGCCCUCCGUGCCUCCUACCGGGCGUUCCGCAAAGAGCUAGCCCGCCGUUCCAACGACCACGACAAGUACGCGCUGCCCGGACUCGCCGAGUACACCCCCGACCAGAUCUUCUACCUCGCCAUGGCGAACCCUUGGUGUGGCUCGUACACACAGGAGGGGCUCGAGGCCCGCCAGUAUUUGAGUCACCCACCGAAUAUGGUCCGCAUCACCGGGGCGAUCAAGAACUCGGAGGAGUUUGCCAACGCCUUCAAAUGCAAGAUAGACUCGCCGAUGAACCCGGCGAAGAAGUGCCGCGUGUGGCGCUACAAAAAGCAG